AUGAGCGCCUGGACGAACGACCCUGUCCCGAACCACAAUGGCAACGGCUUCCCACACAUGAACGACCCCAACGCUGCCACGGGCAUGAUGGAUCCCUCCGCCUUCAUGGCCAAUCCGGCCCAAUUCAAUCCUGUCCAUUUUUCCAACCACCAGCAGCAGCAGGCUCAGCAGCAACAACCCUCCCAGCAGCAGAUGGCCGCCAUGCAGCAGAAUGGCCCGAUGCGCCACGCAUCCCCCUCUGCCUUUCAGCAGAAUCCCGCCUAUCAAACAAACUCUGUCAUUCCUUCCAAACGCCCUCGACCGCGCGAAGACAGCGUCACCGGCUCGCCUGGCCAGUUGCAGGGUAUGCUACCGCCCUCGCGCUCCGAGACGCCUCAGCAACAAAACUUCCCUGGCGUGCAGCAGGCCGGCGCCAUCCCGCAGCAGACGCCAGGCCAGUUUCCUCAUCUCCAAGCCAAUGGCUCCGCCAAUGCCACGCCCUCUCCUAUCAUGGGUAAUCAAAUGCGCCCGGGCAGCGUCCCUCAGAGGGUUGCUACCGCGUCCCCCCACCCCUUCUCUCCCGGUCCUCAACAGCAGCAGCAAUUCGCACCUCAACCAUCUCCAGCGCCAUCCGAACAUGGCACGCCGCAGCCGAACCAAUUUAUGCAAAAUGGCCCCCAAGGUUACAACCCCGGGUUCGCUCCGUCUCCCUCGAAUCCUCGCCCUUCGCCCAAUCCCAACGUCGUAGGCGCGAACCAGAUGAUGCAGCAACAUAUGGCUCAAAUGCCUCAAGGCAUGAAUCCAAUGCAAACCAGUAUGUAUGCGCAAAUGCAGCAGCAACAGCAGCAGCAAGCACAGGGACAGCAAGUGCAGGGACAUCAAGGUCAGCAACGGCAGGGCGGCCAGGGCAUGCAGGGUAUGAGCGAGCAGCAGAAAAUGGCCUCAUAUCAGAUGCGUCUUCAGCAGCAGCUUCAGGGCAAUGCGCAGAUGCAAGCCCAGCUGCAGGCUCAGGGCAUGGCCCGCGGCAUGGUGCAGAAGCCACAGAUGGCCGCCAUGCCCAAUGGCCAGAUGCUUCAGGGCGGCAUGAGACCUCAGCAGCGACCAAUGGGCGGCAUGAACCCUGAGCAGUUCAUGAAGAAUCUGAACCAUUUCAUGGCCUCCAAAGGUCUUCCUUUCGAUGCGACCCCGGCCGUUGCCGACCGACCAGUCAACAUUAUGAUGCUCUUCCAAGUUGUAUCUAGCAAGGGGGGCUCCAAGACGGUCACGGCCGCCAACGGCUGGCCUCACAUUGCGCAGGUUCUCGGCCUUCCUGCUCAUAUCCCCACCGUCCCCACGGCUUUGAAGCAAGUAUACGAACGAAAUCUACAAAAGUUUGAAGAGGCCUGGGUUGCCCAGCAGCAAAAGACAAGGAUGAUGGGGCAAAAUCCCACCAUACCCCCAAGUACACCGAAGCAGAUGCAGCCCGGUCAGCCGGCGGCAGGGCAAAUGCCUCAAGGUCAGAUACCCCAGGGGCAGAUGACGCCCGGCCAGAUGAAUUCCGGACAGCCUCAAGGACAACAACAACAACAGCAACAGCAGCAGCAGCAGCAGCAGCAGCAGCAGCAGCAGCAGCAACAGCAGCAGCAGCAGCAACAGCAACAGCAGCAGCAACAGCAGCAGCAGCAGCAGCAGCAGCAGCAGCAACAACAACAACAAAUGCUGCCCCAAGCCCAGCAACCUCUAGUAAAACCUGGCCAAGCGCCCGUGAAUGGAUUUGCGACGCCUCAACCACAGCCAGGCAUAAUGAUGAGCCACCAACGUAACAGCCUUUCCAAGAGUGUUGACCCAAGCAUUGCUGAUCCAUCUCUGCUAUCGCCUGCUCACCACCGCCAAGGAAGCAUACACACGGGUCACCCCGAGGGCCGUCCUGCGCCGCCUGCCACUGAAGUACGCGCUCCGCCCAUGAUGCAAAAGUCCGACGACUACAGCCCCUGUGCCCGCGAGUUGGCCACUUUUGGUGGUGUUGACCUACACGCUGCCAAUAUUUUGGGUACUGAGCUGGAACGCUGGAUGCCCACAGCACCCAUGAUUAACGAACUCGGAAAUAUCGAUAUCGCCGCUCUCACCCGCAGCCUGCAAUGUGGCAUACACAGCGAAGUACGCCUUGCUUUGGACACCAUGGCCACAUUGUCCAACUCACCCAACCAGCUGCACUUCUUGCAGCUUCGCUAUUGCGACGACUUGGUGGAUGCCCUCAUUGAUUGCGCCGAGGAGCAACUCGAUAUGCUUGUCGAACAUACAGUGGAGGUUGCUGACGAGAUCUCCCUGACGUCAUACGAGGAUGUAGUCCGCGCCUGUCGCAUAGAUAGGCUUGCUGUGCGAGAUUGUCCGGCAUACGGCACUGUGGAGUACGAUCUUGACCGUGCUGUUGAUAAACUUAUUUGCGUCACCACCAUUCUUCGCAACGUCUCGUUCCCAGGCGAGCAGAACGAGAACCACGCUGUGCUUGCGGAUGAGAUGGUCAUCAAGUUUAUCUGCUCCGUGAUCCGGUACCUUGGAACUCGAACCAUGCUACUGCGGUCUCAUACCAACACGCUGGAUUUUAUGAAAGAUGUUGUGGUUCUAUUGUCCAACAUUGCCGCCGCCAUUGAAUUGCCCAGUCGCGAACAAGCGCUCUGUCUACUCAGCUUCCUGCUUGCAUUUGCACCUUCGCCGGCCCCGACCGUCGUCGCUGGUUCGCUCUUCUUUGCGCCCUAUGAGCCGAGUGUACAGCCCUACCUGCCGCACGCUGUAGACUCCCUUGCAAAGUUGCUUGCGCGUGAUGAGCCGAACCGCGGAUUUUACAAGGCUAUAUUUGGUCUCGACGUUGGACAAAGCUCGAGCAACGAGACCCUGACUCGAGCGUUUGCCCUCGCCAUUUCGCCACUGCCAGGCAAGUCGGUGGAGAGUAUUCGACAGCCCAACUAUCCGUCUCUUAUCGAAGUGCGCAAGCCAUUCCUGAUGCAGGGUCUCUUGGCUGCGGAAAUUCUGGCAUCCCUUGCUCCUGGCUUCGAGAGCGGCGUCGCCAAGGCUUGGCUUUCAUCCGGUGAAGGUCUCGCGCAAAAUCUGACAAAGCUUACGGUUAGCGGAGAAGGCUCGAGACCCCAGCCAACCGAGCCUGUCGCUGCCCAAAAGCGUUUUGCCGUCAGCGCGGGUGCUCAUGGAAGCGCUAUCAUAUACGUCGGCAGAGUGGACGAGGGACGGCAUGCUGCAGCAGCUAUCGUCACUCGUUAA